AAAACCUAACAUAUUAUAUGCCAAUACAUACCCGUAAAAGAAUAGAGAAAAUAACCAAUAUGUGUACAGGCGUAGAUAUUAAAUAAAUGAAGUACUCAGUGUUUCCUGUUAUAUAACAUAAUAGUUUACAAAUAUAAUAGAACGAUUGUCUGCUCUCCCAAGUGUAGGUACUUGUACUUAAUCAAUUGAGGGGAUACGCGACGCGAGCGCAGUCCGUUGUGUUGUGAGUUGGCGGUCAGUUCGCGAUCACAUAACAAACGUAGUGUUGAACAAGCGAUAUGGAUUCAAAACUCGUGAUUAUUAUUGUACUCGGCUCUUAUUCGUACGGAUUCCAGUACGACGGUCUCCGGGUAAAAUUCGGCUGGUCAGACGCCCUGGCGGACAUCGAAUACUUCUACAGCAUACCGCGCACCAUAAAGGAUGCAGAAAAUGACGGUUGGCGCAGGACUGAACCACCGCCGGGACCUAUUCUCGAGUUAAGGAUGUACUGUCCUCCGGGAAGGGUUGUCUGCCCACUAUACGAUACUUCAGGCUUCGUUGCCGGCUUGCAAAUAGCUAUUCCGGUCGACGAGUUUGAAUCUUCUGUUAUCAAGCCCGAGAAAAAGUUCGUGAAAUGGUACGCUGCUCCCGCGGAAGGAGAACCCUCUAGGGACUAUUGGACAGCCACUCAAUACUAUGUGUCAGAAGAAUCUCUGAAGGCCGGAGCCGGUCCACAAAUAGAAAACGGAGCUACAUUGCAGGACGGUGGAGUGUGGGUCGCCGGACCAGACGCUCACCUUCUCCGAAUCCCCACUACAGAAGCUGAACUAAACAGCACUUUCUUCAAAAAACAGAAUUGCAUCCCUAACAUGGGCACACACUAUUACUACAACAUGACAAGAAAAAUGGACUGCGAAGAAAUGCUACUGUGGUUCGCAUUAAUCACGGACAGCGAACUGGUUGGCACCGGCUUUCAGACCAUAGGGAAACUAAACAAGAAAAAUCUGAAAGAUCGAAACUGGUUUGAAACAGUUCCAGGGGCCAGACGAGCAACAGAGCUGGCAAUACCACACGCCCCUGACUGCCUACGAGAUUGGACGGAAAAGUACGGCGUUAUAUCAAUGCACAUCUACUACACGAAUAAACCUUGGGAAAUUCGUUGCAAGUCCGGUGAUUCCAUAAAGCCAGGUCCACCCCUGGACAGACUGAUACUCAACGGCUUGCGAUACGCCAACCAAAUUUCCGAUGAAGUUCAAAAAUUAUUCAGCGGUUAACCCUAAACUACAACAUUUUAAUUGACUACGGGGUUUUUGAGGCCAUUCUGUAAAAUGAAGACGAGUAAUAGAGCUGGCCAUAUUUAACACGACAACACUAGAAAAUCACGUUCAAAAAUAAUUAUUUCACAAAAAAAAUGUAAUACACUCGAUUAAAAGUCGGCUAAUGCGCUACCCCUAUACUACAGAUAUGACGUUGGAGACGUAUAUUUAUAAAUUGAACAGCAAGCACUUUAAGAUACCUACUAUUUUAUUAAAUACUAGCGGCCCGCCCUCGCUUCGCUUCGGAAACAUUAAAUUUAUAUGCAUAGAUAGUUGAGUCCCGCGAUGUUACCCGCGGUUAUUGUCGAACGCGGGUGACGCCGCGCGGCGAAGCUAGUCUAAAAAAAGUAACCUAAAUAACUCCUUAUAUCAUCAGCUACCUGUCAGUGAAAGUUCCGUGAAAAUCGGUCCAGCCGUUCCAGAGAUUAGCCGGAACAAACAGACAGACACAGAUAGACAGACAGACAAAAAUUGUAAAAAAUGCUAUUUUGGUGUAUGUACCGUAUAUUAAAUAUUCAUAUGCAUGUAAUAAAAAGCGGUUAUUUCAAUAUUACAAACAGACACUCCAAUUUUAUAUAUAGAUAAAAAUAUGUUUCCAUGUCGGCACGAGAAACGGUUUCAUUGCACCCCAGGUUUACUAAGAAUAUUGUGUUGUUUAAUAAAGCAAUUUAUUUAA